GUAGCAGAAGCUGCCAUGGAGCGGUACACACUGUACCUAGUGGAGCAUCAGGAAUAUGGGAUAUGUCAGCCCCAACCCAAGGACCAGAUCCGUUGGCGGUGCAACCAGCCCAAUGCCAAACAUGGCCCAGAGAAGCUGUCUGAAAAGAUUCAGCCCUUCACAUCUUUACCCUUAAUCCAGGAAUUCAAGGAGGGACACAGCUACUACUACUUCUCUGUACCCAUCAACCCCCUAGAAAACCACUGCCUGAAGUUGAAGGUGGCAGUCAACGGCAAAAUCACUCACAGUCCUCAGGCUCAUGCCAAUCCACAGGAGAAGAGACUUUCAGCAGAUGACCCAGCGGUACAGGUUCUACAUAGCAUCGGUUAUAGUGCUGCCCCACACCUCUUCCCUCUUGCUUGGACUGUACUGCUCUUGCCACUUCUUCUUCUGCAAACCCAGUGAAGAUGUAUGCCACACUUGGCUUAAGGAUUGGAACUGGACCAAGGAGCCAGGGACAGGCACACCUCAUGCGUCCUGGGGCCUGUCUCAAAGCUUCAGCCCUGGGAACCACUCCCACACAAGCACAGGCUGCUACCCAGCAGCCUCAAAACGGGUCAGUAUUAAGGGUUUCAACCCAAAGGAAGUCAACCAGCCUGACAGUGCCAUUCCCCUACUUCAGAGAGAUGGAGAAAGAAGUGGGGACAGUACUUUCCCUGCUGUUCCUGCCUUUAUGCCAAAGAAACAAACUUUCCCAAUAUGGCCCCUUAUGAGGGUCCAACAGGAACAGAGCUAGAAGGGGCCUGAGGCCAUGUAGAUGGACAGUGAGUCUGGCAAAGAUGCCCCUCCCAGAGAGAGCCAGGAUGCCCAGAUGAAAUGACUGAAGGAAAAACAAGAGACAGUUUCCUGCAUGGGAGCCAGGUACAGGAGAGGCAGCAUGCUUGGGCUGACCCAGCAUCUCCCAGCAAGACUUCUGUCUGUGGGGCUGCCACAGUGAGGUUUGUAGCCAGGCACUGCAUCCUCCUCCCAGGAUUGGGUCACCACUACCUGGAGCUGUGCCAGCAGGGAA